AUGAAAAUGUAUAGAUUAAUGCAUCAUCAGAGAUUUGUUUUUCAAAAUCAAAAAGUUUUAUUUCUUACAUAUACUUGUAUACGAUCUCACAAACAAGAGAAGAAAAGCUUGGAAACAAUUAAAAUGUCUAAUAUAAAAAGUUAUUGGUUUGACAAAUAUAUAAAUUAUAUAAAAAGUUAUGAUCGUGUACUGGAGAAAAAAUUUCCAAAGACAAUGCAUGUAUAUCGUAUAUUUAGCGUUGGUACUAAUGAUUUAUACCAAGAUGUAAAAAAAUUUCUUUUGAUAUUGAAAAAGCAAAAUAUUGAUAAACAAAAUAAUUUAACUCAUGAUGAAUUAAAAUUGAGCUACACAAUGCCUAAAGAUUUAACCCAGAUAUUUCCUGUUUUGUUAAUAUCUGCUAUUCCUUUUACAACUUAUAUCAUCUUUCCUCUAGCAUAUUAUUUUCCGAGAUACCUUUUAACUUCCCAUUAUUGGACACUGCAACAAAGAUUUGAUUUUAUGCUAUUGGACCAGAAGAAAAAAUUAAAACACAACAGGCCAUUGUUUAGGUGCAUGCAAGCAGAACUUAACAAUAUUAAAACUCAGACACUGAAAUUGAAAUGGAGUGGUAUUAUUGCAAGCCUUGGCAGUGGUACACAUCCUAAUGUAAAAGAUAUUAUUGCUUGUUCUGAAUUAUUUGCGGAUAAACCAUACUCAUUAAAUAGCCUUAAAAGAAAACACAAAAAAGAAUUACUUAGCAUACACAAUAUAUCAACUUGGACAGUUUUUAAAAGACAAAAAUUAAAAGAACGAGCUAUACUAAUAAAACAAAUGGAUCUAGCUAUACAAAAAGAAGGUGGAUUUACAACAAUGUCAAAUGAUGCAAUACGUUGGGCACUUUCAUUUAGGGGUCUAAAUCCUGCAACUAUGUCCUUAGAAAGUAUGAGAAAUUGGCUUGAACAAUGGUUUAUGAUAUCAAAUACAGUUAAUGAAAACACAUUGUCAUUAUUAUUACAUAGUCCGAUAUUGUUGGCAUACAAUCAUCCAACUAAUUGGAUCCUUUUAUAUACUUGA